GGUGCUAUGUACUGCUCAAACUUGCUCAGAGGACUGUGAGAAACCCACUGGCAACCAGUCUGUUCCAGAGGCCUGAGAGACACCAAGAAAGAUGGUCCAUAAGUCCAUAGUGGUGGGUCUGGUGGUGCUGCUGGUGGCUGCCGUGAGCACCUUCGUGGGUGUGUUCUUUGGGCUGGGGAGCAGGUCGACCUCAAAUGACCAUUCCUACUCCAGGGCUGCCGUGGCAGCUGAUGCUGGCCCAUGCUCAGAAAUCGGCAGAGACACAUUGAAAAAAGGUGGCUCUGCAGUGGAUGCAUCUAUUGCUGCCUUGCUGUGUGUUGGGCUGAUGAACGCCCACAGCAUGGGCAUUGGUGGAGGACUCUUCUUCACUAUCUAUGAUGCCAAAACUGGAAAGGUAGAGACCAUUGAUUCCAGGGAGACGGCUCCCGCCACCGCGACAGAGGACAUGUUUGGGAAUAGCUCUCAGUUAGCCAAGAAAGGAGGGUUGUCCAUUGCCAUACCAGGGGAGAUCCGUGGGUACGAGCUGGCACACGAUCGCCAUGGAAAAUUGCCAUGGAGAGAGCUGUUCCAGCCUGCAAUCCAGUUGGCACGGAAGGGCUUUCCUUUGGGCAGGGCAUUGGCCACUGCUAUCGCCAAGAACAGAAAAACCAUCACUAGUGACACAGCUUUAUGUGAGGUGUUUUGUGACAAAAAUGGUGCCAUCCUGAAGGAAAACGACACCAUCACCUUUACUAAACUUGCUGACACCUAUGAAACAAUAGCAAAUAAGGGGCCUAAUGCUUUUUACGAGGGCCCACUGGCAGAGAACCUUGUGAGGGACAUUCAGUCAGCAGAUGGUAUCAUCACACUGGACGACCUAAAGAACUACAAGCCUUUUUUGGAUGAGAGUCCUCUCAAUUCUAAUGUGGGGGAGUACAUCAUGUAUGUGCCCAACGCCCCAGCCAGUGGCCCUGUCCUGUCCCUCAUGCUCAACAUCCUGGAUGGAUACAACUUCACCUCAGACAGUGUCUCCAGCACUGAGAAGAAGAUCCUCACGUACCACCGCAUGGUUGAGGCCUUCCGAUUUGCUUACGCCAAGCGAAGCAUGCUGGGAGAUCCAAACUUCCUCAAUAUCUCUGAUCUCAUCCGCAACAUGACCUCAGACUACUUUGCCGAUGCCCUCCGUCAGAAGAUUACAGAUGAUACCACCCAUCACAUGAACUACUAUGAGCCAGAGUACUUUGUCCCCGAGAACCACGGGACAGCACAUCUGUCUGUGGUGGCAGAGGACGGGAGUGCAGUGGCAGCCACCAGCACCAUCAAUCAAUUUUUUGGCUCCAAAGUCAUGUCACAAUCUACAGGAAUCCUCCUCAACAAUGAGAUGGAUGACUUCAGCUCCCCUCUCAUCACCAAUGGCUUUGGAGUGCCUCCUUCACCAAACAACUUCAUCAGACCAGGUAAGAGGCCCUUGUCUUCUAUGUGUCCAGCCAUUCUCUUUGACAAGAGGAGCAACAAUGUCAAGAUGGUGGUGGGGGGCUCAGGAGGAACAAAGAUCACCACGGCAACUGCCACGGUGAUUCUCAACACGCUGUAUUUUAACUACGACCUGAAGAAAGCUGUGGCAGAUCCUAGAAUCCACAACCAGCUGAGUCCUAACACCACACUGGGAGAGCCCGGGUUUGACGAGAUGGUGAUGGCAGGUCUGGCUUUGAAGAACCAUGAGACAGAGUUCCUGACAGCCGCAGGGGCUGUGGUUCAGGCAGUGGUGCGCCAGGGAGACCGGCUCCAUGCUGAAUCCGACCCCAGGAAAUGGAGCUACGCUGCUGGGUACUGAGACCAACCACAGACCCCUGCUCCCACGAACUGAGGCAAACCACACACCUCUGCUCCCACAGACAGGCUGGCUGAUUGGGCUUCUGAUUCAGAUGAAAGCCACCUCUACAAUAAGGCUGUGACAAUACCAGUAUUGCAAUAUUUUUUCCAUGGCAAAAAUGAAUACAUGAAGCAGAUCUCUCUUUGGUCCUUUACAAACCUGCUGUACUGUUUGUAAAAUAUUGUUGUAGAUAGAAAACAUAUACAUCGGACUCUGGAUGACAACAUAAUGAUAUUUGUUUCCAACAUUAGGGCUGUUUUCCUGAAGAAGUUAAUCCGCUUCGUGAUACUGGUAUCGUCCUGGCCCUACUCUAUAGACUAUAUUACAAACCAAGAGAAAAACAUUCAGAUUCCUGUCAUCUCAGCAAAGACCUACAACCUACAGUAUGACCUUAUUCCUUUCUUCUUCAAAGUAACUGUGCCAACACUAUAUCAAUGUUUUUUUUCACUGCAAUCUUUCAUGGAUUUUCAGUCAGGAUUUUCAUUUUGAGAUAAUAGAUUAUUAUAAUCACUGUUUGCCUUAAACCAAAUAUUAUAUUCUGUAAAAAAAUGUUUUUAUUUUAUUUGUGUUGCUUUGAGAAGAUUCAAGAUUAAUAAUUCACAAGCCAUUCCCAUAUAACAGUUUUAUGAUGUAAUGUUAACAAGACUGCAACAAUCUUAUAAGCAUUGACCAACAAUGAAAACACAGGAAGACAGAAACAAAGUUUAAAAUAAUAACAGAGGGCUUACUUCAUGGUUCAAUUGUUCUCAUGAUACGACUGCAAAGUGCAAUGUUUGUUUGCCAUUUGUUAAUUUAUGUUGGUAAAAUACACCAUGUAGGCUAUACUAAUAAAUAGAUUCACCCACA